CUCGAUUGGCGGAAUAGACUCUAGCUUUAAUGGCCUGCUUCAAUAUUCAAAUACAAGUAUACGACCAUUUUUUCGACUUUUUCAAAUUUAGGGUUUAUGGAAGAAGAGGUCAAGGCGGAAUCUUGACACCUUCGACCCUUCCAAAAAAAGGUUCAAUAUUCGAAUUUUCGCUUUAAUUUCCUGGAUUCUUUUUUAUUAGGGAAUUUGAGAACCCUAAAGCUCCCAGUUAAAUUUUCUUCCGAUCAGAAAUUGGUUUCCGUUUUUUCAUUGAUCCCUUUUCCUGUUAUUUCAUUUGAUCGGAAUGUUUUUCCAUUUAUGAAACAGAUGGAGCAACGGGGGAAUUUUGACUCAACAGAAUUACAGCAUCUAGAAUUAGAUGUUUCGGAAGUCUUCAAUGGAGUCAAUGGCUUCCCCCAGAAACUGCAGUUUUCUUGCAGCCCUACUUGUUCAUUCUCAAAGCAAGAACAGAAUAAGAUGGAUGCAGUACAACGAUCAAAGACAACGGCUAAACUUUCUGGGCUCAUGGUCUUUUAUGCACUGAUCAUGGUAGUGGAGAUUGUUGGAGGUCUGAAAGCCAACAGCCUCACAAUUCUCACUGAUGCCGCUCACUUGCUCUCUGACAUUGUUGGAUUCUCCAUUUCUCUCUUCACGGUGUGGGUGUCCGGUUGGGAGGCAACACCACAGCAUUCCUUUGGAUUCAAUCGUCUUGAAGUGUUAGGAGCCCUUUUAUCUGUGCAGAUGAUAUGGCUCAUCUCUGGAACUUUGAUCUACGAAGCAAUCAAUAGACUCAUUCACAAAAGCACAAAGGUGAACGGGAAUCUCAUGUUUGCAGUUGCUGCAUUUGGUUUCGUUGUUAACUUUCUCAUGGUAGUAUGGCUUGGUCAUGACCAUUCUCACCACUCCCAUUCUCACCAGCACCAUGCUUGUGAGCCCGAAGAUCAUCAUCAUAAACCGGAGGUAUUAUGUGCUGGAAAUGAAGAAGAACGCAUGAAACUAGUAGCUUCGUCUACUCAUAAUUACGCUGAAAUGGCAAACAUAAAUAUACAAGGGGCUUACUUGCAUCUCGUGACUGAUCUCAUUCAAUCUGUUGGGGUAAUGAUUGCGGGUUCCAUCAUAUGGCUCAAACCAGAAUGGUUAGUGGUUGAUCUGCUUUGCACAAUCAUCUUCUCCGUCAUUGCUCUAUGUACCACCUUCCCCAUGCUUAAAAACGUCUUUUCUAUUUUGAUGGAAAGGGCACCAACUGAGAUUGAUAUUGCUUGUGUUGAGAAUGGCCUUAAACUUAUAAGAGGGGUGAAUGAUGUUCAUGACCUGCAUGUUUGGGCCAUAACAGUUGGAAAGAAUGUACUGGCUUGUCAUGUAGUCGUUGAACCUGGAGCUAGUCCAAAUGAGAUCCUGCAAUCCAUUAGGGAAUACUGUGAAAAAACAUUCAAAAUUCAUCAUGUAACCAUACAAAUCGAAGAUGGGUUAUGAUAAUUGUGGCAUUUUUUUUCGUGCUGCUUUCUUUUUUUUUUUGUCGAAGUAUAUUUGUGUUUAUUACACAUUUUCUUCCAUGCAAUGAAUGGAAUGAAUAAUAUGUAUGCCGUUGUGUAAUAAUAGGAAAUCAACACCACCUUGAUGACAA